UUUUUUUUUUUUUUACUCUGCAUUUUUUGAUUGUUUGGAUAUUUGAUAACCUGAGCGUUGUUCUGAAAUAUUUUUUUUUUAAUGUUCUGUUUCUCACUUAACUGUUAUAAUGUGAUGUGUUUCUUAUAUGAUAAAGGAAAUUAAGGUGGGGUUUUUAAUCUUAAAAAGGGAUGAAUUAACAACAACAACAACAAAAAAUGAAUAGUUUCUAUUUGUAAACUAGUACAUGUGUGAAGCUUGCAGACAAAAUGUGAUAUUUAGAGACACUUCCCAGAAGCAUUGCAUGGAGCAGUGGAUGGGAGUUCUGGACUGCCAGGAACGUGCUGGUUAUGGAAGGAGGGGAGGGAGGGAAUUACCCCAGUUGGGAAAGGGGUCAGAUGUUACCAUAACACAUCUGUGUGCUGUUUGUUGCUUCCAGUACCCAAAAACUGGUGGGUAUCCGGUAUGAUUGGUUUUUGAAAUGUGCAUUUUUCCAACAUGACCUUUUUUUAAGCUAUUGUGACAAGGAUUCAUUUCCUCCUGUGUCUGACUGAGCCCACAGGGAAGAUGAGCAGAGGCCAGCUUGGAAGCUGGCAUGAUUCUCAAUUGGGCAAAUCAGAAAAAAAACCUUGGUAGCUUCCAGAUGUUCAAAAUCCCCCUUUCCUUUAUCACUUCUUUGACCAAAAGAUUAGUGCUCUCUUUGUAAUGGGACAAGAACAGCAGGUUUGGAAAUUCCUUUCUCCCAGAAAGAUGAGCUGAUGGUCAGUGUUGCUUUUUUGGGGCAGCAGUUGCUGUUUGUAUAAACAAGAAUUGAGGAGAGCUGGGGCAGGUGGGAGUUCGGAACCCCUGGGGUUCCAAUUCCUGCUCUCUGUAAAUGUCCCUGUAAAUGUUGCAGGUGCUUUUCCUGUGGUCUCUGCUUUGGAUAUCUUGGGGGUCACUGAAUCCUUGUAUACUGGGUACCCACAUGGUUAAUUAUCACUUUAAAGUAUUCUUUUAAUGACUUCUAUUAUGUCUGGUUUUAGAUUUUCUUCAUCUGAUAUUUUAUUGACAUAUGUGCUCCAAGUCUAGAUCUUCUAAAGCACAUCAGCUGACAGAUUCACAGGAAUUUACUUUGUAUAUUUAAGAUUUAACAACAUAGUGUUUAAGUGUACUGACUGGAAUAUGUGCAAUAUUUUACAGUUUUCUCAUUCUGUGAAUAUUCAUUUUAAGCAACCUUACUGAAAUGGGACAAUUUGGAAACGUUAUUUCAUGUGCCAAAGAGGAGAUCUGCCUGAAUACUGACUGUUGUCCUGAACUGAUGUUCCCAAACACCCUGAUUUCUCCUAUGGCUGACUUUUUGCAUCAAAAAGAAUUCUGUUCUGGAUGGAAAUGGACCCUUGAAUCCCACUGGGAGUUGACCUGUGCUGAAGAGGACUGCAUUUCAUGGGAGAACUGCUCCAGGAGCUGCAGCUUUUGCCAGACACCUGGUUCUGCCCUAUUGCAGGGGAAUAUGUGAACCUAAAAUUCUCUAACUGAGUAUUUCUGAGCACACUGAACUACAUGAAUGACAGCCUGAGAACAGAUGUCUUUGUGAGGUUCCAGCCAGAAAGCAUUGCCUGUGCCUGCAUUUACCUGGCAGCCAGGACACUGGAGAUCCCACUUCCAAAUCGCCCACAUUGGUUUUUACUGUUUGGAGCAACUGAGGAAGAAAUUCAAGAAAUCUGCUUAAAAAUCUUGCAGCUGUACACAAGGAAAAAGGUGGAUUUAUCUGAUCUGGAAAGUAAAAUAGAAAAGAAGAAAUUGGCUAUUGAAGAGGCAAAAGCACAAGCUAAAGGUCUGGUACCUGAGGGAGUUCAGAGUUUGGAUAACACAUCGGGAUUUUCCCCUAUCCCAAAAAAUGAGUCUCCAAAAGAGGUUAAAGGAAAUAAACCUUCACCACUACCUGUGCAGGCCAUGAAGAAUGCUAAGAGGAAAACAGAGGGAGCCAAGAGAACCAGCUCCACCAGCCCAGUAAAUGGUGUCCAGAAAGGAAGAGAGAGCAGAAGUCGAAGUGGAAGCAGAGAUCAGAGUUACUCGAGGUCUGCAUCGAGGUCUGCAUCCCCUAAGCACAGGAAAAGCGAGAGUUACUCCACGUCCAGCGGCUCCAAGUCGCAGAGCCGCUCGCGCAGCCGCAGCGACUCCCCCCCGCGGCAGCUCAACCACAGCUCUGCCUACAAGGGCUCCAAGGUGCGCGCCUACAAGAAAUCCAAAGACUGCAAGUACUCGGCGCACCGAGCGCGCAAGUCGCGCAGCCGCAGCUCCUCGCGCUCGCGCAGCCGCUCCCGCGAGCGCUCCGACCACUCGGGCAAGUACAAGAAGAAGAGUCACUACUACAGGAACCACCGGCACGAGCGCUCCCGCUCCUACGAGCGCGGCGGGCACCGCUACGAGAGGGACAGGGAGAGAGAGAGGGACAGAGAGCACGGGGGGCACAGCCGGCACCGCCGCUGAGAGAGCCGGGCACGGCCACAGAGAGCACCUGGGCACUGCCACAGAGAGCACCUGGGCACUGCCACAGAGAGCACCUGGGCACUGCCACAG